AGGAGGAUGGCUGUGAUCAGACCUCUCCAGCUAGUAGUCUUGUGGACAUCAGUGUUCUUUUCUAUGGCCUUUAACAUAGAUAUUGUAGGACAUAAGAUUUACAAUGGAUCGGGAUCCCAUGAAGACUUCUUUGGAUACAAGGUAUUGCAGUACCAGUCUGGAAGAGAGAAAGGGACUGUUGUCAGUGCACCACUUCAAAACAAUGGAACUGGUGGGGUCUUCCUGUGUAAUGACACAAGUCCACACUGCCAUCCCAUUCCACUACCGAGGGCAGCAGAGGCCGAUUCUGAAGAUUUUAUCAAGGCAGUUGGAAUGUCGGUCGCUGUCAGAACAAAACCAACUGUCCAGUUUACUGCCUGCAGUCCUUCAUGGAGUCAUGAGUGUGAUGGGACCCCCUAUCUCAACAGCAUCUGUUAUCAGUGGAGCAGCAGAGGCCAGGUCUCUAACAUCACCUCAGCUUUUAAAGAGUGCACAAAGCAAAUAGUGGAUCUAGUAUUCCUCUUUGAUGGAUCCCUGAGCAUGAAGACAGAGGACUUCAGAAAAACUAAAGAGUUAAUCAAAACCAUCAUGAAUAAGAUGCAGAACACAUCAAUUCAAUUUGCAGCAGUUCAGUUCUCUUCACAAUUCAAGACAGUUUUCACAUUUAAAGACUUCCAGGACAAGAAAGCCCUGAAAAAGCUGGACGAUGAACCACAAAUGAAAGCGCUGACAUACACACACCAGGCCUUGCGCUUCACUCUGUUGAAUCUAUUUGACAAACAAGAGAGUGGUAGACACCCAGAUGCAAUAAAGGCAGUGGUCAUCAUCACUGAUGGCAAACCUUUAGACACUAACAAAAUGGGAGGAUACAUUUUAGAAAUCUAUGAAGCCAGACACAUCAUCCGAUUUGUCAUUGCGGUUGGAAAAGUGGACAUGAAAAAACUCGAAAAAUUGGCAUCAGAGCCCAAAUCCAAUAAUUCCUUCUACAUUCAGGAUUAUGCUGGGCUGAAUGGUCUUCUGACAAAAAAGAUCUUCAACAUAGAAGGCUCUAAACAGGACCUGGCUCAGACAUGGGAAAAAGAACUUUCACAGAGUGGAACGAGUGCUGAGUUUACUGAGGACACAUUGAUUCUAGGAUCAGUAGGAUCCAAUAACUGGAAAGGAUCUCUUUAUCAGAUUAAGGAUAAGGAUUCAUCUGAGAUAGAAAUUCAAGACCCAGACAUGAAGACUGACUCUUAUAUGGGCUACUCUGUUUCUGUUGGAAAGAAGAAUGGCGUUCCUUUGUACUUUACGGGUGCUCCCAGAUACAAACACAGGGGACAGGUCAUUGUCUUCAGCAACAUUGGAGGUCAAUGGAACGUCACAAAAAGAGUUGACAGUGAGCAGCUUGGAUCUUAUUUUGGGGCGGAGCUGUGUGCUGUUGACAUUGACUCUGAUGGCACCACUGACUUCCUGAUGGUCGGGGCUCCCCUCUAUUAUGAGCCUCAGAGAGAGGGCCGCAUGUAUGUGUAUGCCCUUACGGAAGAGAUUGAUGGGAAAUCUGACGUGAAUGGCCUGACGGAAAUUGCAGUGGGUGCUCGUGGACAGGUGGUUCUGCUAAAGUCCAAGCCCAUCUUUAGUGUGUCGCCGCACCUCUCAUUCAGCCCCUCAGAGAUCAGCAUCCAGCAGUUUGACUGCGCCGAGCACAAGGAGGAUUUCCCUGUGUUCUACGUGACCAUCUGCUUCAAGAUGAGCGAGCAAACCAGAAGCACAAACGAUGCACUGAGCAAAGGGAUUCAGUUGGACUAUGACCUGGUUGUUGAUUCCCAAAGACAAAACAGCCGAGGUUUCCUUGCUGUAAAAAAUGACACUGUGAGAAGUGUUCAGUCAAGGCUUCAUCUAAAUAAGAAUAAAACUUGCCAAAAUCACACCAUCUAUAUGCCAACCUGUGUAAUGGACACACUGUCUCCUGUCGUGCUCAACGUGAACUUCUCCCAAGCUGAGAGCCAGCAGUCUUUUGGGAUUUUAAAUGUUGACAGCAAGAAAUUGGCCAUGGUGGAGGUGCCCUUUGAAAAAUCAUGUGGACACAAUGACACAUGUGUGGCAAAGCUAAAAAUGGACUUCAACUUCACCUCCCCACUGGUGUUGUUUACUGAUCAGGAGUAUUUACAUGUGAGAGUGGAACUGGCAAAUGAGGGUGAUGAUUCUUAUAACACCAGCCUCCUUUUCAAGUAUCCAGAAGGCCUGUCUCACUCAAAGUUAACACCUAUCAAGCAAAACAAGAGAGCUGAAACUCUCUGUGCAGGAGACCCAGAGAAAACUGACCUCACCAUCUGCAGUGUGAGUCUUCCUGUCUUCCGCAGUGAAAGUUGGGCCAUAUUCAAUGGGUCAUUUUACAUCACCCCCAAUGUAGAUUGGAAUGAUUCAUUUGCAAUGACCAUCAUUGCACACAGUGACAAUGGGAAGGACUAUCCUGUAACAAAGACCAUUCCUGUACUUUUCGGUGUUGGCCUGAAAGUGAAGUUCUUAGACAUCCCUGGGGCCUCAACAAUAUACCUUGAUUACUCAUUAGAGGACAAAGGACCCAAAACACUUACACAUAUGUAUCAGGUAGCCAACAUGGGAAGGGUGCCUCUGCCGGUCACAGUAAAUUUGACCUUUCCAACAAAACCUGAGAACCACUUUGAAAUCCAUAAUUACAGUAUUUCACACGACAAGGGUAAUGAAACAAUCCAGUGUGAUGACCCUGAGGAUACAAGUACUCCGAACUGUACAGAGUGCAAGAUGGUGAGGUGUUUCAUUCGCACAUUAAAGAUCUCUGAGAGUGUCCUGUUCUGGCUGACUGCGGAUGCGGUCUUCAACCUCAGUCCAAAUAAAUAUACAUUCUCUGAAAUGAGAUAUAAGGUGGAAUACAAAAGUUCUGCGCAGAUCAGCUAUGAUGAAACACGUUACGUGCAGACUGGAAAUGACCAAACUGUUACUGGAGCAGUUCCAGACUUCCACAGGAAUCAGGGCGUAACCAAAGCUGAGUUCAUUGUCCCAAUCCACCAAACUUUGAUCAUAGGUUUAGCAAGUAGCGGAGGACUGUUACUGCUCAUCAUUAUUACUGGGGCUCUAUACAAGUGUGGAUUUUUCAAUAAAUCUGGACAAUAUAUACUUCAGCAAGGAGCUGACUCAAGAGAACCGGAGCUCACAGCAGUGUCCCAACUCAGAGGAACCAUACUGAGUGUGUGUCACUCACAGUUUGAGCCUCCUGCCUCUUGAGAAUUUGAGUUGAAAAAAGUACAGCCUGUUUUUUUACCACAACUUCAAAUAAAAAUGGCCCUUUAUGACUGUAUCUAAAUAUGAAA